AACCCUUCCCGCUUCCCCGGAGAAACAUGGCCGGGAGCAGUGAGGCGGCACCGGACCACGGGCGAGGCAUAGUGAUUAUGGAUGAUUGGCCAGGAUAUAACUUGAAUUUAUUCACAUACCCACAACACUAUUAUGGAGAUUUGGAAUAUGUCCUCAUUCCUCAUGGCAUCAUUGUGGACAGAAUUGAGCGGCUGGCUAAGGAUAUUAUGAAAGACAUAGGAUACUGUGAUAUUAUGGUCCUGUGUGUGCUUAAAGGAGGUUACAAGUUUUGUGCUGAUCUUGUAGAACAUCUUAAGAACAUCAGUCGAAAUUCAGAUAGAUUUAUCUCUAUGAAGGUUGAUUUCAUCAGAAUAAAAAGUUACAGGAACGACCAGUUUAUGGGCGAGAUGCAGAUAAUUGGAGGCUAUGAUCUUUCAACGCUGGCUGGAAAGAAUGUCCUCAUUGUUGAGGAUGUUGUUGGAACGGGGAGGACCAUGAAAGCGCUGCUCAGCAGCAUAGAAAAAUACAAACCCAACAUGAUUAAAGUGGCCAGUUUGUUGGUGAAGAGAACACCUAGAAGUAAUGGCUAUAGACCUGACUAUGCUGGAUUUGAGAUUCCAAACUUGUUUGUGGUGGGUUAUGCCUUAGAUUACAACGAAUACUUCAGAGAUCUGAAUCACAUAUGCGUGAUCAAUGAACAUGGCAAAGAAAAGUAUCGAGUCUAAAGAAGUCAGUUCUCACCAUCAAAUCUCCAGAUAACAUCAUACUUACAACUACCUGCAGGAAGCCACUGUGUCAAGUUCAUCUCCCCAGGCGUUUUCACUCAGCAGGGUAGAAAAGAAAAAAAAAUGUUUUAAUGACACAGCUUUUUUUUCUGAGAUUAUAACAGAGAGAGUAUCAAAAGUUCUUAAGGAAAAGAAAGCAAUGUUUUUAUUUGACUUGUUCCAAAUUAAACACUCCGCCUUGUGACUCAUGAGUUCUGUCUACCUUCACACUCCCGAGCUACACCUCCUUUUGUUCUCAUUCAUGCAGUCACUGUGCUCGAAGACGGUACCCCCGCCUAGUUACUCAAAUACUCUCACUUAACUUUUUUAAAAUACUCUCUUUUUUGGUACUAUUUUGCAGCCUGAAGAACCUGGAAACCUUUGAAGUUAAGCUCUGAGCCCAUAUACUGGCAAUGCAACCAGAUUCCCAUACUGAAAAAAGGAGGGGAAGGACAAUUUAAUAUAAAUUUCUGUUUGUGCUUUUCUGACAGGCCGUUAUUAUCUGCUUUGACAAAGCCUUUCUGAACCACCGCAUACAAUGAAUGUUAAUGAUGUUAUGAAAUGAGCCUUGCUCAGUGCUCUUGAUUGGUGCUUCCGGUAUGUGAUAACAGUAUGUCAUGGAUGCAUGGAUGUACUCAACUGUGCUUAAUACUCUGAAUUUUAAUUAGAAAAGAGACAAUGGCAGCAAGGCCCCAGUGUCUAUGUGGCAUCCUUUUAUUCAUGUGGGACAGGAGCAAAUGGCAGAAUUUGGGGGAGGGGCAAGUGUUUUCAAUGCUCAAAACUAAGCAAUAAAUGUUUCCUCUUAUUUGCACCAAAGGGAAAAAACAUUAUUAUGUGUUAUCCUAAACAGGAACACAGAGGUUGAAUUAUUAUUUUAAGU